AUGGAGCACCAUCGACAAGCAACGCCAGAGCGGCAGCAAGAGGCGACAGCAGAACGAGAGCGAAGACCAGGUCAAAGACCAGACGCUGCACCACACAGAACUCCAGACCGCACCAGCACCCAACAGCCAGGCCUCCGAACGAACCCAGGAGAAGGAGUAGUAGCUGCAUCCACCACAUCCACACCAAUUCAAACAGCACCGUCACCCUCCAGCCCCAGCGCGACCAUCGCACCCACCGCAAACAUACCGAAGUUCCACGUCAAUGAUAUCGUGAAGAUCAAGCCCCGCCACAUGCACCUCGACGAAUGCUUCAUGCGAGUCGCCCAAGUAGGCCUCAAACAACACGGUGGUCGCGAAGUCUGGCACUAUCGAAUCGGCGACGACAGGCAGAUCAAUGAGAGCGGCAACGACUUCAUGCUCUUGGAGUUGCGUCGGCAAAGUCACCUCAAAAAACCGUGGACAAAAGGCCCAAAGGUUGGGGGAGAAGUUGACUUUCCGACGCUGUACCAGGGCAUGGGUUCAAGUGCGACGUAUUCUCGAGGAAGAGUGGUGCAGAGGAUUGUCGCAGACGGGCAGGUCUAUCUGAGGGUUUUCUGUCCGCAGCCUGUACUUACGUUGAGCUUGCGUUGCAUGGUGCCCGCGGAAGAAGACAGGAAGAGGCCGAGGGUUGGGGCGUCGGUCACCUUUCCGACACCGGAUCAGGGCAUGGGGCUCAGUGUGCGGAUGACGAGUGCAAAGGUCGUGCAGGUGAUUGACUUGGGGCACGAUGUGGUGGUCAGAUUGGACACGAAACCCAUACUUACCUUGAACUUGAAUGGUAUCGUGGUCGCGCCAGGCGAUGAGACAGAAGCAACAGAUCGAGGAGAAGUGUCGGAUGCUCCAUGGGCCAGCGAAGUUGAAGCAGAAGCGACAGAUGAAGAAGAAGACGAUCAAGAAGACGAUUACGCUGGCGAGCAUAUUGACAGCGAGGGUCUCGACAUAGUCAUGAGCGACGAUGGCGGCGGCAAUGAUCUGGAGAAUUGGCUCCCAGAGCGACACCCGCUGUGA